AUGGAUAAAAGUGCUUUGGAAAAGUACCAGCGAACUGAAAUUAUUGGUGAAGGAGCAUACGGUGUCGUUUACAAAGGAAUUGAAAAGAGUACAGGCAGGUUGGUAGCAAUGAAGAAGAUGCGUUCAGUACAUCGUUCAGAGGGUAUUCCUGGUACAGCUCUUCGUGAAAUGACGUUACUUAAAAGACUGAAACAUCCUAACAUCGUUUCUCUGGUGGAAGUGAUUCUGGACGAACAAUUGGUUUAUUUGAUUUUUGAAUUCCUUAGCAUGGAUUUAAAAAAAUGCAUUGACAAAAUUCCUUAUAAAGAACUGAUGGAUAAAGCUGAGCAAAAGUCGUACUUAUACCAGAUUUUGCAAGGCAUUUGUUUCUGUCACCAGCGUAACGUUCUACAUCGUGAUUUGAAACCACAGAAUUUGCUAGUUGACGGGAACGGUACCCUUAAGAUUGCUGAUUUUGGCCUCGCAAGGGAACUGCAAUUUGCGGAAAGGGAAUAUACUGAAGUGGUGGUCACUUUGUGGUAUCGACCUCCAGAAAUACUGUUCGGCUGCACUAAUUAUACGAUGGCAGUUGAUAUUUGGAGUAUCGGGUGCAUUUUUGCUGAAAUGGCCAUGAAAACAGCUCUCUUUAAAGGUGAUUCGGAAAUCGACCAGAUUUUCCUCAUUUUCAGUAUACUGUCGACUCCGAAAAAGGAAAUAGAGAGUGGAGUGUUAAAAAUGCCGGAUUCUCUAAGACCAUAUCCGAUAUUCAACGAAAACAUACUUCCAAAAAUUCUUGCUGACUACAUGGACGAGGAUGGAAUGAAGAUCUUACAGGCAAUGCUUACUUACGACCCGAAAAAACGAAUCUCGGCGAAGAAAUUAUUGAAGGACCCGUACUUCGACGACGUCGAUCGUACAAAGCUCCCAGCCGGGGAUUAUGACGGAUCUGCUGUGCCACCUCGCCGCUGCACUUUUCUUCCUUUUCUGCACUGA